CUGGCAUCGUUGUCAUCAUUCAGCCCUCCAUGGCCGCCUCUCGAUGUUGCCGUAUCGCACUCGCAGCCGCGUUGCUGCUGCUGCUCCUGCUUAUCUCAAGCUCCCCCGUGUCCGCGACAGUUGAUAGGUUCCUCGCUGGCUCCGCUUCGCCUCUUGCCUUGCACACCACAAAAGUAUUUCCCCCGCAAGUGUCACUACUUAGUAGUGUCUGCCUUCCGAAAGGUCAGUUUCUACAAGCCCGUCGUUGUCCUUACGUCUGGCGGAGAACGUCGGAUAGCCUGAGCUUACAGCGCCGGUUCGCGCAGAAACUUCUAAAGGCAGCGUCUUAUUUUCCGCGUCUUAUUGCUCCUGCAUCAUUCCUGCCGUCACACUGUCACCCAUCGCAAUCACCCCUGAUCGAACGCCGGCCUUUCGCGUCCGCACGAGCCACCUGUUUACGUCCCUGUUGAAUGUCUGACUCGUUCAGCUUGGCGUGCCUUUCCUGCUACUGUACUUCCAAGCUUUCGAGAAAUUCGUUACCAACGAGACAGUUCGAGUUCUCAAUUGUUAGCCUAACAAGCUCCUGGCAAGUGUAAGCUCAAGCUAGCGUGGGGAGCUUGCUAGGGAUUUGAACUCCUUAGCUCCAGCUCGAGUCCACAGUGCUUGAGCUAGAGUCCACAGUGCUAGCGUGUGGAGCUUGCUAGGGAUUCAUGCACUGUGGACUCUAGCUCGUGCUCCUGAACAAGUACGCAACCUCCGGCCGAAUGCGCUAGUUAUGUGCUCACAACGGCAUGUCUUAUAACGCGUCCUUGGCUUCCGUCAGCGUCUGCGCGAAACCUCAUCUAGUAGCCGUCGACCCAUCUGACGCCGUGCACCACCCUGGUUCAACCUCAACGGCAUUGUCCCCCCGCGGCACGGCUCGUCGCUCUCCUCCUCCCCCUCUUUCCUUCCCAGGCCUGACGUGUCUAGACCAAUCCUCCUCGUCUCCCGCCUCUUCGUUGACCAAGCUCUCUCCCGGUGGUUCUUCCAACUCCGCUCAUUCCUCUGUCAGAGAAAUUCCCCACUCCAAGCAACCCCUUGCCUCUGCCAUGGGGUCGAAUCCGUCCCCGUUAACGAGUCACCCGUUAAGCACCUCUACUGUAGAUACUGCUUACGCAAUAACAGUGAAUCAUGUUUCCACGUCGGAUCAUCAUGACGGCCCGGGGGCCGGGGCCGCUGUCCUCGACAUAAGGCUCCCCGUCGACCCUGCCGAGUCGUCUCCUUGCGAGCUAGAUGGUGGUCGGGUAUCCGGAAUUGGGUUACCAGCUUCGCCUGGCCAAUCGCCGUUUCGUCAAGGCGGCGAGCUUCCCCGAAAAGGCUCUCUGCAGAGUGAUGCCAAUAAGCGCGGAGGCUCGGGCGGAAAAGGUAGCGGAAAGGGGGUGCGCCUGCUGCUCCCGCGGAGAUGGCAGGCGGCCCCGUUUCUGCUUCCGCCAAGGUGGCUGCGGGGGUAUUUGCGCAAGUUCCGCGGGAUUGGGGAGGGUCUCUUCCCCGCGUACCCCAGCUUUAUUGUCGUCUUCUGGUCCUUCGUCGCCUCGUUCACGGGUAUAUCUCUGUGUGCGUUUCUCGCGUUCAACACCAGCAUGCAGCAGACUCUGAGCCCCCAAACGAACGGCAGUGGUAGCACCAGCAGCACCAGCAGCACCAGCAGCAGCAGUGGCAGCAGUGAAAACGGACAGCCGCAGCAGCAGGAAGCCGUAGCCUCGUUUAUGAUAGGCUCGUUUGGCGCCACAGCGGUGCUCAUUUUUGGGACAAUAGACUCGCCUCUCUCGCAACCCCGCAACGUCAUCUUAGGGAGUGGAGUUUCUGCUAUUAUUGGAGUGUUUAUAGCGGAGAUCUUCUCUAUAGGCGGACUCGCAUUCCCCAACACGUCCUGGCUCUGGCUACAAUGCGGGCUUGCAGUUUCGUUAUCCAUAGUGGCCAUGCAGCUGCUGCGCAUUGUGCAUCCACCAGGAGGUGCCUCGGCACUCAUUGCCGUGAUGUCGCCGCCUUCCCUGCGCUGCCAUGGUCUCUUUGUGCUCACUCCGGUGCUCCUUGGGGUGCUCAUCAUGCUCACAGUCGCUCUCUUCAUCAACAAUAUUGCCAGACAGUACCCCCUGUACUGGUGGCGGCCAGUUGUUCUCGACAUCCCCGUGCCAGAAGGCUCCACGCACCACUCUGCGGUGACAGCUGGCGAGGCGUAUCACACGAUACAGCACAUGCACGUGGUGCACUCUCCUGUGCGCUCUCGCGUGCAUGCAGCACCCCAGCCGCCCAUGCACCACCCCGGCCGCCCAUCCACGGACGGCCAUCGUGCAGCAGCAGCAGCAGCAACAGCACCUGGCGAGGCAUAUCACACCGUACAGCACAUGCAUGCGGUGCACUCGCCCGUGCACCCUGCCACGCAUCAAUGGCUGCCCCUUCUCCAACCGUCGGCCGACACUCAUUCUGCAACAGCAGCAGCCACGGCUGGCGAGGCGUGCCAUACAGCGCAGCCCAUGCCCACUGUGCCCUCUCCUCCUGCACAUGCCAUGCUGGGCGCCUCAGAUCUUAACAUCCAAGAGUCUGCAAUUCGUGCUUUUGAGUCGACUCAGAAGCGCAUUCCUGCACAUGCCAUGUGCGGCGGCUCUGACAUGGAAACUGAAGAGCCUGCGGCUCGAGUACAUGGAGGCAACAGCUUCUUGCUCAAUUUGAGUGCUGGUCGCAGUGGCUCCAGGUCCGCUGUGAAAGCGACGGCUGGAAGAUCAACAGAGGUAUUUUCAGCAGAGCAGGCCUUCGUUGGUGGCCCUUUUCGCCACGUCAGCAUCUCUCCCUUGAGCCAGCAGCGGAAGCACCACGGCCAGCAGGAGAAACAGCAGGUUCAGCAGCAGCGACAACGUUUUCCGGCUGGCACAGCAAAUUUCUCGUGCUGUAGCACACUCCUGGACGUAGAUGCCACGUCAUCGCAUCCCUCCCUAACUGAUGACGUCACAACGGAUGACAGGGCAGUUGAUGACAGAUCAGGGCACAUCAGCAGACAUGACAAUAAUGCAGCGGACAUUGAAGAGUGUGGUGCACAAGAAGUUGAUCAAUCUGCAACCAAUGAUCGACCUGCUAUUGCUGCAUCUCGAUCUGUUGAUCUGCCAGCUGCUCUUGAUCCAGCGGCUGGGAUUGAUGCAGCUCCUAUCUUUGAGGAACCACCUGACUCAGCAAGAGCUCAAGCCGAUUCCGCCCGUUGUGUGACUGACUCAGCCCACGAUACUCCGACUGAUUCACCAUCCGCUGUGGCUGAGUCAGCUAAUGUCACAGCUGACUCAGCCCAUGUUCCUGCAACAAGCGGGGUGCAUAGUGAUCCUAGCCACUACCUGCUGGACACGGGUUUCAUGCCACCCUUCGGAAUUGUAUCUAGCGAAGGGUUAGUCGAGGGAACGAUUGGUGAUCGGCAAACACAGGAUAAUCUCGACAACUUGUGAGCAGUGGUAGUGUGAGGGCGGCUUUUUAUUUUUGCCAAUUGUACCGGUAAAUGCAAUACGGGAAGUAUGCAAGCCUACACUUCACGUGCCCCUUGAUCAAGUGAUGUAACCGAAGCAUGUCGUCUUUAACC